CUUUCAGUUAUUCAGAAUCAGAUAUCAUUCAAUAUAGAUAUCACAAAUUAUAAAGUAUACCAAAAUAUGAAUUCUAUUUUUGAGAAAAAUUUAAAAUUUAGAAAUAAAUGGAUAUUAGAAAGAUUUAUGAGUCUUUUGACAGAGUGUAUAAUACCAGAAUUAAAAGUUAUAAAAGCAACUGGUAUUUGGAAAAAAGAACGAAUAAUUGCUUCGCCUCAACGAACACGAAUUAUACUGGCAAAUGGUACAGAAGCUCUAAAUUUUUGCGCAAAUAAUUAUUUAGGUUUAUCAGAUAAUAAAGAAGUCAUUUCUGCUGCUAAACUUGCUCUAGAUAAAUAUGGAGCAGGUUUAAGUUCUGUAAGAUUUAUAUGUGGUACGCAAACAAUUCAUGUAGAAUUAGAAAAGAAAAUUGCUCAAUUUCAUAAUAGAGAAGAUACUAUUCUCUAUGCAUCUUGUUUUGAUGCAAAUGCUGGAUUAUUUGAAACAUUUUUAACAUCUGAAGACACUAUUUUAAGUGACGAGCUCAAUCAUGCUUCCAUUAUUGAUGGUAUUAGAUUAUGUAAAGCAAAAAAAUAUAGGUACAAACAUAGGAACAUGAUAGAUUUAGAAAAUAAACUACAAGAGAGUAUGUCUUCACGUUUACGAUUAAUUGCAACUGAUGGUGUCUUUUCUAUGGAUGGUACUGUCACACCAUUACCAAAAAUAUUAGAACUUGCAAAAAAAUAUAAUGCUCUUACUUUUGUGGAUGAUUGUCAUGCUACUGGAUUUUUUGGAAAAAUGGGAAGAGGUACAGAAGAUUAUUUUAAUCAAUUGGGAAGUAUUGAUAUUAUUAAUUCCACAUUGGGCAAAGCUCUUGGUGGAGCAGCAGGUGGUUAUACAACUGGUAAAAAAGAAUUAAUUAAUUUAUUAAAACAACGUAGCAGACCGUAUUUAUUUUCAAAUUCAUUGCCACCUCCUGUAGUUGCAUCAGCAAGUAAGGUCAUGGAUCUAAUAACAAAUUCUACAGAACUCCUAAAUCGUUUAAAAAAUAAUACUAAUCUAUUUAGAAAUAAUAUGAAAACAGCAGGAUUUACAAUUAGUGGUGAUAAUCAUCCUAUCUGUCCUAUUAUGAUAGGUGAUGAAAAGUUAACCAGUGAAUUUGCUGAUGAGAUGAUUGAACAAGGAAUUUAUGUUAUUGGUUUUAAUUAUCCCGUUGUACCAAAAAAUAAAGCACGAAUACGCGUUCAGAUUAGUGCCGCACAUUCACAAGAUGAUAUAAAACAAGCUGUAAAUGCAUUUAUACAUGUUGGAAAAAAACUUAAAAUUAUUAAAUAAUAUCUUUAUCAUUCUUAUAAGAAAAUUUAUAUAUAUUCUUAUAAGAAAUUUGAAUUGAUGGUAAUAAAAAAAAAAAAA